CAGGUGUCCCAACAUCACCGGUCGCCUGCGGAGAUGUGUCUGCCUGUGGACGUCACCAUAUACUGAAACAUGAAAACCGAGAGGGUGGACCUGAGAUUCGGAUGGCUUCGGGGGCAGCACAGGUUUUGGGUACAAGGAGCACACGGAGUCUGACACCUGAGCAGUCCCACGGAGUCGGCCAGCAUGUCAUCCAACUCCACGGCCGAUAAUCUGUGUGCACCGGACGACACCCUCUGCAUAAUAAAGGAGCACGAGCAGGCCGUGAUAAUCGUCCCCGUGCUGCUCCUCUUCGCCACCCUCGUCACCUUGCUGACCCUGUCCCUGCUGCGGUACUGUCCCGAACGGAAGCAGGCGCGGGUCACAGCGCCUCGAAGCUACAGCAGCUCAUCGCACAGAUACACACAGAGACGCAGCCGCAGACAUGACUUACAGGGCAUCGACGCGCCCCCUGGGCUAAACCCACUGGAACACGAGGAGCUGCCAAUGUCCGUUCAACAAGUGCAGCAGAAUGUCAGGCCCGCUCCGGCCGCACUGCCACAGACGUCCACAGAGAGGCACCACGGCGCCUUCAGCCAGGUCACUGCCCUGCCGCUGUCCUUCUCCGUCAGGCCUCAGCACACAGUCAACCUCUACAGAGCCCGCAUGGACAACAGGGAUGUCAUCCUGAGGGUGCUGAAAGAAACGGCGAACAGCAGCGAGAAGCAGCACUUUUUGGGCUUUGCCUCCUUCGUCUCUGGACUGGGGCCGCACCCCUUUCUACCUGUGCUGCUGGGUGUCGUUUCGGUGCAGCCCCCCCUGAUGAUGGUGGUGGAGGAGCUGCAGCACAGAGACCUGCUAGGGUUCCUCUGGAGAUGCAGACGGGAUAACUCGGGUUUCGACGCUUCGUGCGACAUGACAGAGAAGAGGGUCUUCUCCAUGGCAGGACAAGUGGCCUCUGCUCUGGACUAUCUGCACAGCCGAGGCUGCAUCCACAGCAACGUAGGGGCUCGCAGCGUUCUGGUCGGCGGGGACCUGACGGCGAAGCUGUGGGGGUUGGGCCCGGCCUACUGCCGGAGAACGUGGGCCGGUUCACCGGCGGAAGUGGAGGACACGGAGCUGAGGAAGUGGCAGGCACCCGAGGUGCUGGCCGGGAGAGCCGUCAGUCGGAGCAGUGACGUAUGGUCCUUUGGUAUCCUGCUCUAUGAAAUGGUGACAUUGGGCGACCCACCGUUCGCUCAGCUCAUGGCGACCGAACUUCUGCAGUAUCUGCAAAGAGGGAAGCAUCUCGGGCGACCGGCCGCCUGCUCCAACUCACUGUACGCCAUCAUCCGGUCCUGCUGCCACUGGAACCCCGAACACCGGCUCCCCGCGUCGCAGCUGAUCGGGAGACUCCAGGCGGGGGAGAAGUCGGCCAAUGGCAGGACAGCUCUCAGGGCACCUGACCCGCUCGACAUCGAGAGGUACCUGAGGGAGGCGGGAUACGGAGAGGCCUACAACUACGCUGUGCUCUGAUUGGCCGAGGGUGUCAUCAGUCAGGACCGCGCCGGUGGGAGCCGUUUCCUCACGAAACCCGGGUUUUGUUUUGCACCCGCUUGUGCCGUUUGGGACACUGUUCGAAAUCACUCUAUAUAUAUAUAUAUAUAUAUAUGUAGCACACUCACUUUAUAUGAUGAAAGUAAUAUAUGGACUGUAAAUAUGCCUUUUUCUGUAAACUGUGAUUCUGCUCAUGUGAAAGACCGAUCUGAGAAAACCUGUCACGUCCCCCGCACUUUUUACUCCUAACGAGAGUUUAUCUGC